AGCUAUAUUAUGUCAACCACUGUUAAUUGCUUUUGUAGAGUAUGUUUGUUUAAUCAAUAUUAUAAAACGUACAUAUAUCUAGAAAAAAGCAAACCAUUUAAGCUUAAACAAUUGCUAGAUUGAACUAUUUAUAUAUAUAUAACUACUACCCUUUAAAGCAUGUUAGAAUGCAUUUUGCAAACCCUAUGGACCCAUUCUGGUGAUGUCAUUAUCUUGUAACAUAUUUUGGAGUUCACAUGUUUUCCCCACUGGCUGCUGAACAAGUUUGGUAACUUCUAGGGAUUCACAAGAAAAUAACCGGCAAGAGAUGAACUUGCUGUGACUUAAAAGGACUCCAACUCCACAGCAGGGGACUUUGAGCUGUCUGACUAGGUUGCUGAACAUCUCAGGAAUUACUUCUGGUAGAUAAAAUGGACAUGAAGACUCCAAAAAGAGUUUACAUUUGCCUUCCAAAGAAACACAUGGCGGCUUUGGCUCAAACAUAUCCACUGGACCACGGGGUGAUUGUAAAAGACCUGAACACCUACAUAAAUGAAGGAUAUUUACUAUCUUACUUUAGAGAAUGGGGCACCAUCACAGCGUGUAAGGUAUGGACUAUGGUUAAGAAGAACCAAAACUUGGGGGAAAACAAUUCAAUGGCCUAUGUGAGGUUUUCUACAGAGGAUGAAGCAGACAGAGCAGAAUGGGCUGGACCUCACUACAUUGGAGGCGAUGUCGAAGUAAAACGAGUUGUCAGUCCAAAGAUGGACAAGGAUUCAGAGGAGGAGGCUGCCUUAGUUGUUGCUCCCUCUCGACCACGGCGAUCAAUGGGCUUGGGCUACAUCCUGGAAGACGCUCAGUGGUUAGAUGACAAGAUGGAGUAAAACCUAUACAAUGCAACUUGUAGGACGAACGUUUUUUUUUUAUUGUUUAACUGUCUGUAGCCUUCUGUGCCUGAAGUUAGAUAAAAAAAGAAAAUCAUCACAAGGAUAGCAUAUACUGCUACAUACAAACACAUAUUGCACCUAUUUAUUUUUUUUUUAAUUUGUUCUGAGUUGCUCUGAUACAUACUGCUUUGAUUCUAUGUUGUGUCUUAUGAUAACUAUAGACCGUGGGUGAUAAUAGUUGUAUUCAAUUCUGUGUUUCAUGUUUGUCAAGGGUGUAUGCAUUGUUCAAAUAUAGCUAUAUAUUCCCUGUGUAAAGAGACUGUUAAUGAAUGUAUUAUGAUUAGUCAUUCAUAAAUUAUAUUUCUCUUCAAAACACAGUUAAAAGUUACGCUAAUGGUUGACUCACAUUGUUGCGCUUGAAUAAAUGUUUUUUAGAGUUUCA